AUGUCUGACCAAAAUGUUCAUCCAAAUAAAUACAGCGAAUUUCGAAGUAUAUAUAAAUACUUUAUUGAUCCAUAUAAUGCAUUAUAUCAGUUAAAAGUUGAAAAAGAAGAAGAAUUGAACUCAAUUUACAAAAUGAUCAAAACUGAAUUGAUUGAUUCAAAGAAAAUUCCUCCCCAAAUGAUUAUCAGAAACAUUUUAAGUAUUAUCCCGUAUAAAAAUCGCUAUACAAGGUCAUAUUUAUCUCUUGCCAAACAUAUAUCUGAUGAUUAUCAAGUGAGAGAGGUCAUUAAUGUUGAACUCAUUUCAAAUUACUUAUUUUAUGAAGAAUAUGGCAUUAAAUUAAAAAAAUAUGAUUACUUCGACGAAAUUAAAUUAGAAAAUCUCAAUAUUCAUUCAGAAAAUACAAUUUACAGAGCAAUUAUGUAUAAUGACUUAGAAAAAUUCAUCUCAUUCACGGAAACAGAUGGAUUUGAUAAAGAUCAAAAACUUGAAAGCAGAUUAUAUCCAAAUCCUCAAGAAGAAUUUUCAUUACUUGAAUUAUGUUGUUACCAUGGAGCAGUUGAUUGUUUCAAGUUAUUAAGAACUAAAUUUAACUCAGAAAUAACUCAACAAUGUCUAGAACUUUCAUUUUUAGGAGGAAAUCCAGAGAUCAUGAGUGAAUGUUUGAAACAUCAACACCCAAAUGAAGAAUGCAUGAUAUAUGCAAUUAUUUCACACAACAUUGAUUUUGUUACAUUUUUGAUGAAUGAGUACAAUAUAGGGAUCGAUUUAAAAUAUUGCGGAAUGUUUAAUAAUCUUGAAGCAUUUUUUGUUUAUUACGAUCAAACUAAUGAUAUUAGCAAUUGCUUUAUUAAUUCUGCAUGGUUCGAUAUUCCAUCCAUCUGCGAAUAUUUCCUUUCACAUGAUUCAAAUAUAAAUGCAAAAGAUGAAGAUUUGGAAACUGCUCUUCAUAAAGCAGCAUAUAAAAAUUGUAAAUCAACAGCCGAACUUCUUCUUUCUCAUGGUGCAAAUAUCGAUGAAAAAAAUAAAUAUGGAAAAUCUAAUCUGCAUAUAACAGUACGAUAUAAUAAUAUUGAAACUGCCGAACUUCUUCUUUCACAUGGUGCAAAUAUCAAUGAAUUCAGUUCAAAUGGAAUAAACUCACUUCAUUAUGCAGUAAUUAACAAUAGCAAAGAAACAGCUGAACUUCUUAUAUCAUAUGGUAUAAAUAUCAAAGAAACAGCUGAACUUCUUAUAUCAUAUGGUAUAAAUAUCAAUGAAAAAGAUGAAAUCGGAAAAACCGCUCUUCAUAAAGCAGCAUUUAAUAAUCGUAAAGAAAUCACCGAACUUUUCCUUUUGCAUGGUGCAAAUGUCAAUGAAAAAGAUCAACAUGGAUUUACUGCUCUUCAAGGAGCAGCAAUGAACAAUUGUAAAGAAAUAGUCGAACUUCUUAUUUCGCAUGGUGCAAAUAUAAAUAAAAUAAUAAUAAUGGAGUAA